AUGGCAAACUCAGCACUGGAGAUUGUGGGUCUUUUAGUAUCCCUAAUCGGGCUGAUCGGGGCAGCAGCAACUACAGGAAUGCCUAUGUGGCGCGUCACAGCCUUCAUUGGAGACAAUAUCAUCGUGUUUGAGACUCUGUUUGAGGGCUUGUGGAUGAAUUGCUACCAACAGGCAAGCUUCAGGAUGCAGUGUAAGGUGUACGACUCUCUCCUGGCCCUGACUCCUGACCUGCAGGCGGCAAGGGGGUUGAUGUGCUGCUCUCUGGCACUGAGUGGUCUUGGUGUGCUGAUCAGUCUGAUAGGCAUGCAGUGCACAUCAUGCAUCCAAAACAAUGAUCGAGCUAAGCGGCUGGUUCUCAUCAUUGCUGGUAGCUUGAUCAUAUUGGGUUGUUUCUGUGUCCUCAUCCCUGUCUCCUGGACGGGUCACGUAAUCAUCACUAACUUCUACAACCCCUUGCUGAUCGAUGCCCAGCGGAGAGAGCUUGGAGCAGCUCUCUACAUUGGCUGGGUAACUUCGGCUUUCUUGUUUGCUGGAGGAUGCAUUUUUAUUUGCUGUAAUAUACAGUCGGAUGACAAAGAUUCAGAGAGGUACCUAUACUCCAAGGCCUCAGACUAUUCGGUCUACCCUCAACAGCAACUACAGUCUCUACAACCUCAACAACUGAUGACGCUUCCCCAACCACGAUCUCAGCCAAUGCUAUCAAGAUACCCAUCGUCUAUCUACAGUUACCAGUCCAGAUAUCCCUCUGUACACAGUGCACACAGUGGGGUCGCGUUUCUGUAA